CCUACUCGAAGACCUUGACGCAAGCUUGCAGUGUUUCGUCGUGCAACUUCCGUCUCAGAAGAGGAAACCACAUCUACAGAAGUAGGCCCCUUGGAUUCCUCACGCCUAGCCCGGAGUGGAAAGUAAUGGAGUUUCGUGUUUUGGUUGGACUGUUCAUCUUGGAUGCAACGUCUUUAUGGCUUAAUGUGAACGCGGAGCCUAAAGCUGCGGAAACGGAGGCGGCCAGCAAUGCGGUCCUUCGUAUUGUAACGGUAUUCAACACAAGUGAGAGGUUGUGGUUGUACCAGCAAAACUACUCAAACAAUUAUGAAGUUACAGAAAUACCAGAACUAGACUUUACACAGAAAUGCGUAUUUCUUAAGAAGUAUAAUAUUACCGAGAAGGACUACAACUUCUGGCGAAAAGUAAUGGUGACUGAUGAGUGGCUUACUAGCCAUUACUACGGAAGUUUUUUUAAAGGUGAAGGCUCAGACCUUGGCUCCAUGAAUGUUACCGACGUUUCAGCAAAUGAGACAAGCCCGUUCGAUGUCAUGACACUUAUGUACGCAGAAGAAAAUUGCAGCGUAUUUUUCACAGCGCCCUUGGAAGAUGACACUCAGUCAGGGUGCGAACUUUACGUCCGACAGAAGGCCGUUUCUCAAGGUCCCACUGAGGGCUGCAGUAACUACUACAACAAAACCUGUGGGGAAAAGGUUGCAGUGUACGACUCAACGUGUCAAACCAAAGCGCAAAGUGCCUAGAACGAGCUCAAAACAAGUAUACGGAAACAGAAUGUGACUAAGCGCAACCCUUCAAGUCAGACACGCGCACACCCCUAAAUAAAGCACCUAAACUUGGCAGA